AUGCAAUUUCUCCGAGAACAUUUUGCUAAACAAAGUGCUUCACUUAAGGUUAAUUCUUUUAUUUGCAAUCUAGUAUUCAACAUGAUCAGGAGCACCUUUUAUGGAAUUCUAAUAGUAUUGAUUCUAGUACAAUUCAAUGAAGGAAAAUUACCUGCUGAUAUUAAGCCAUGUAAGGCUGGGGAUAAAACUUGUUUGGUGGAAACAAUUAACAAGAUCAUUGAGACAAAAUACAAAGGUGACCCUGACCUGAAUCUAAUCAGCAUUGAUCCACUUCACAUUGAUCAUAUGGAAAUUAAACAACCCAAAUCAAGUGCUGUUAGUGUUGAUCUAUCUUUUCGGAACAGUGAUGUGUUUGGCUAUAAAACUUUUCGGGCAUACAAAGUUCGAGGAUUUAAAGAAAGUCCCGAAGGCAAACACGUUGUUUAUUUUAAAGGACCCUACGCAUCUUUAGUUGGUGAAUACGCUAUUGAUGGAAAAAUUCUAAUCCUACCAAUUGUUGGAAAGGGCACAAGCAAUAUUACUCUUGAAAAUGUAUAUGUGCAAGUUUUAAUUGAUGCCGGAUCAAAAGUAAAAGAUGGUGCUACUUACAUGGAUGUAAAAAAUGUUAAAUUGAAUUUAAAUACAACAAAAGUUGAUUUCAAAAUGGACAACCUUUUCAAUGGAGAUAAAGAAUUGGGAGAUAAUUUGAACAAAUUUAUGAAUGAAAAUUGGAUGGAUAUUUAUUCUGAAAUUAGACAAGGUGUUUUAGAUGGUUUUGGUAAAGUUUACACCGAGUUUAUUAGGAAUUUGUUUGCUUCACAUCCAUAUAAUGAACUUAUUGAAGGUGGUAAUUAGUUUUUGAAAUGUCAUAUGUAUGUGACAAGAUUUAAAUAAAACAGAAAAAUCUAAAA